AUGCCUCUCUUCCCCCACCCUCAGUCCACCGCUGAUAGUGCGUGUUACCAUUCCACACGAGUGAGGACGGAUGUGAAGAGGGAGGAGAGGUGGGACGGUGGGCUACCGUUCGGCAUGAGUGAGGUCGAUAAGCUGCCGUUCCGCAUGAGUAAAAUCGGUGGUGGGCUCUCAUUUCGCAAGGCGAGCUCCGCGCUCCCGCUGCGCACGAGUCAGCACGGUGGUGUGCUCCCACCGCGCAGAGUGGUGAGCUCCCGCUGCGCAGAGCGGGGACGCUCCCGUCCGACCGGGGAGGAACACCUCAUCCGAACGCGCGGGAAGGGAGGGGACGCGCCCGUCCGACCGAGGCGAGGGGAGGGGACGCCCCCGUCCUCCAAAUGUAGGGAAGGAAGACCCCGUCCGACCGCGAGCGGGGACACCUCGUCCGAACGAGGGGAGGGGAAGACGUCGUCCGAACGAGGAGAGGAAGACCUCGUCCAAACGCGAGCGGGGAAGACCCCUGCCCACCCCGCCCGACGCCUUUUCCCCAUCCCCUCACCCACCCCACGACACCCCCUCCUCCCCUCUCCCCCGCGACGCGUCUUCGGCAUCGCGCCCUUGCCUGACGCCUCUUCCUUCCCUCCCCCCCGCGACGCCUCUUCGGCAUCGCGCCCCCGCCUGACGCCUCUUCGGCAUCGCACCCCCGCCCGACACCCUGUGCUCGAGUCACGCAUAUUCAAGCGCUGA